CGCCGUUACAUGCAGUCCUAAAAAUCGUCUUUUAGGAUUCGUCCUAAAAGGUCUCCCGCGGCCUGUUCUCAUAUUCGUAUACGCAGCCGCGUCGCCGAUGUCCUCCGCGUCCUGGCUGGUGUCCGUGGUACACACUGCGGAGGCCUUGGGCGGGCGAGGAGGGGUGGGUGAAAAGCGCGGUCACCCCGAACUUGAAAAAUUCAAAUUCGAUUUUUUGCGGACGCAAGGCGGCAGGGGCGGAGGACGGCCGGGCGACGCGUCUAACGUACAAAAGACGACGCUGGCGAAGCGUUCGGCGUGGGUAUCCAUCUUCCGAGUCCACGCGAGUUGCGAGCAGCGGGGGCAACUUCCGGCAAGGCGCAUCGUCGCCACCAUCACUGUGUGCUGUCUUGUGGACUCCGACGCACGCCAUCUUCUGUUGCAGCGUACGUCAGCGGCCGCAUCUACGGGUCCAGUGUGCGUGUCUCUCUUCACUUGGUUCAGCAGCGGGCGUAUCUUCGGCGUUUGUGGCAGGCGUCACGCUCUUCGGGGAGGAAGAUUCCCAGAGAUGGAUCUUCUCGUCAGCGGGCACGGUCUGCGCAAAGAGGAGAUCGAUGCGGUCGCGAUGGCGGUCACUGCCGUCGUGGUGAACACGAUGGGCGGCAUGUCGUCGUCCUCAAGCGACAUGCUGACACAGCUCCGAAAACGAAGAGCGCUGUUGCAGCGCAUUGUCGAAGCGCCGGAUUGCGUGGCAACGUGUGAGAUCGUUGCCGCGUGCGCCGCGUAUGUGGAGAAGAAGGUGACGCACUACAGGAUGCCUUUGCCAGUGGAGCAGGUGAUCGCUUUCACGUUGUACAGGAGAGACGUACGAGAGCGGCACUUCGGCGCGAUCGGCUGUACACACAUCUGCAUUGACAAGCCCGCCGGCGCACCUUCCGACAACUACUACGACCGCAAACAGAAGUUCUCCGUGCAGGCGCAGGUGGUGGUGGAUUUGGAUCUGCGGAUCCUCGACGUCCACAUCGGAUACCCGGGAAGCGUGCACGAUAUACGCGUCCUGCACAAUUCCCAGCUGUGGAGGCGUGCAGAAGUUGGCGAGCUGUUCGACGCACCUCCGGAGAAUCUGCCUCACGGUGUCGUCACGCGAGGUUACCUGCUAGGCGACAACGGUUAUCCAGUUGCCUGUCCAUGGAUCGUGCAGCCGUACGGAGGAAUCGACCAACAUCCUGACGACGAGCGCUUCGACACGCGACAGAAGGUGGCGCGGGCGUGUGUGGAGAGGGCAUUUGGGCGACUGAAGUGCAUGUGGCGUCUGUUUUUGCGCACCCACAAGACGAACCUGGAGACCUUGCCACAACAAUUCGUGGCAUUGCGCACUCUCCACAACAUCCUCCUCGACGCGGGGAUCGACUUCGAUGAGAACCUUUUGUGGGAGGUGGAUGAGAACGACAUUUGUCGUAGAGUAGACUUGGGGAUUGUGGGGAACGGCGCGGGCGGGCAGCGACAGAGCACGAACGUGGACGGGGACUUGUUGCGGGAUGCACUUCGAGACCGCCUAGCUCUGAUGUAGGACCGUGUGCACGGGAGGUGGAGGGGGGGUGGGU